AUGUCUGACGAACCCAAGUGCCCCGUAGACCACUCUACGAGGGAAGCAUGGCUUAAGAACUCCGCGAAUGUUGCUCCCCACCCAAUACCCGAAGGAACGCCCGAAGGGGCCACUUGCCCGGUUAACCAUGAGGCUCGUCAAUCAUGGGUCAGCAGGCUUUUAUGGGCAGAACCGGCAACCAAAGGAAACGAGAUUACAGCAUCUAGUGGUAAGUCCCACAUAAUAACUGAGGCCAUAGAGGAGCCUGGUGAAAGCUGCUCUUCUGGGACUCUGCAGAACACCCCCGCCUUUACAUCGACAGUCAGUCUACCAACGGAUAGAGAAAUAUCAACGAUACCCAGAACCGGUGCCGGCGAAAACUGGGUUUACCCCUCUCAGAAACAAUUUUUUGAAGCGAUGCAGAGAAAGAAGUGGAACCCUGAGGCUCAGGACAUGAAGUCAAUAGUUCCCAUCCAUAAUGCAGUCAAUGAAAGAGCCUGGUACCACAUACGGCUAUGGGAGCUCGGUCAGGGAGGAGAUAAGUGUGGAGGAAUCCAGCUGACUAGUUUCAAAGGAGAGUCCAAGAAGCUGACUCCAAGAGCAAGAAUGAAAUGUUUCUUUGGAUAUGAGAAACCCUUCGAUCGCCAUGAUUGGACCAUAAAUCGCUGUGGAAAGGAGAUAGACUACGUGAUCGACUUUUAUGGUGGUAAAGCCGAUGCUUCGAACCCAGCUGCUCCAAGCUUCUACCUGGACGUUCGCCCCAAACUGAACAGUUUCGAGGGAAUCAGACUACGUGUGGCAAAAGCACUAGGCUUCUAG